UACAAGAGUUCAAUAUAAAAAAUAAAAAAAAAACACAAAUAUUCAGCUUGUACAUUGUAGUAUGAGUUGGAGACGUCAUGGUAUUUUUUCGAGGCGUACACUCGGAGAACCCCUCAGCAUUUACGUACAAGCUUACCCGUCGAUAUUUUUAACUAAAGCUCGUUAGCUGAUCAGAGAAGGGUUCCCCGGGUAGGACCAACAAGAUAUGUUGGCAAACAAUCAAGUUAAGUUUGACUCCAUAUUCUCUGACCAGGUUCUCGAUAAGCAAUAUCACAUAAAAAUAUUUUCCCCAACCCAACAUUUUUUUUUUAAUUCUCGCUGCAGGUUGCAAGUGGCCACUCCAACCCGACUCGGAAUUUUGAUGGUGUUGUGGGCAAGGCCUUUGCUUGUAGCUGCAACACACCUGAAGCCACUCUCCUGCUGCACACAGGAUAUAAAAUGAUCAGUGGUGGGAUUUGCCGGGGUUAAGGACGCUUAGCGCAGGGCUUUUAAUGUCAUGACGUCACAUUAAUUAGCGGCCACUUUGAUCCUUUCAGCCUCUAAGCCGCGGUACGUCCCCGGGCACCGUCAGUGAUUCCCGUUCGCGCCGCGAAGGAGGAUGCGCUCGCCCCUGUAGGACUUUUUUUUUUCCCCCCCAGCUUGAUGCUUCGAUUUUGAAAAAGUUGUAAGAAUGGCAGAUAAGGACAGCGUGGAGAAAUAUCUGGACAACAACCCCCAGUAUGCCAAAGAGUAUUUUGAUAAGAAGGUGCGGGCGGAAGCCCUCACGGCCGCCUUCUCCUCCGCCCUCCAAGUGAAGGACACGGCCUCCUUCAAGGAUGUCAACUCGGUGCAGGAGGCCGCUAUCAUCUUUGAGCUGGUGCAGGCCAUGCAGAUGCAAGGCGGGGUGGAGGAAUCUCUGCACAAGGUGCUGCAGCGGGUGGCCCUCAUCCUGCAGGCCGACAGGGUCAGCUAUUACCAUUGCAGGUCCAGGAACGGGAUACCCGAGCUGGCUACGUGUCUCUUCGACGUCACCCCGACGUCCAAAUACGAGACCAACCUGGUGCACCCCCAAACUGAGAUCGUGUUCCCGCUGGAGAUGGGCAUCGUGGGCUUUACCGCCACCUCCAAAAAGCCCCAAAGCGUUCCUGAUGUUACCCAGAAUAAAAAGUUCUGCGACUUUGUGGACAAGCAGACGGGCUACAAGACCAAAUGUUUGCUCACGUAUCCCCUCAUGGCCGACAAAGAGUGCCUCGGGGUGGUCACGGCGCUCAACAAGAUCGGAGAGGCUCACUUCACACCCGAGGAUGAAGCGCUCUUCCACAAGUACAUGACCUUCGCUCACGUCAUCGCCCUGCAGCAUCACACCACCUACAUGUUCAACGUGGAGUCCAGGAGGAGUCAGGUGCUGCUGUGGUCGGCUAGCAAAGUUUUUGAAGAAUUGACCGACAUCGAGCGACAGUUCCACAAAGCUCUCUACACCGUCAGGAUUUACCUGAACUGCGAAAGAUACUCGGUGGGCCUCCUGGACAUGACCAAAGAGAAGGAAUUCUACGACGAGUGGCCGGUGAAACUGGGAGACGUGGAACCUUACAAAGGCCCCAAAACGCCAGACGGAAGGGAGGUCAUAUUUUACAAGAUCAUCGACUACCUCCUAGAGGGCAAGGAGGAAAUUAAAGUCAUACCCGGUCCUCCUGCAGAUCAUUGGGCUUUGGUUAGCGGACUGCCCACCUACGUGGCGGAGAACGGCUUUAUUUGCAACAUGAUGAACGUGGCCGCAGAUGACUUCUUCACUUUUCAGAAAGAGGCCGUGGACGAGACGGGUUUCGUCAUCAAGAACGUGCUGUCUCUGCCCAUCGUCAAUAAGAAAGAAGAAAUAGUGGGCAUCGCCACUUUCUUCAACAGAAAAGACGGCAAGCCCUUCGACGAACACGACGAGCAGAUCACAGAGGCACUGACCCAGUUCCUCGGCUGGUCCGUGCUCAACUGCGACACCUACGACCGACUCAACAACAUGGAGUACAGGAAAGACAUCGCCCAGGAGAUGCUCAUGUACCAGAGCAAGUGCACCACCGCUGAGCUGCAGUCCAUCCUGAACACCAAAGAGAAGUUUGAUAGUGAGCCCGAGGACUGCGACCAGAAGGAGAUGUACAAGCUAUUGAGAACGACGUGCCCGGCGGCCGACAACGUCAACGGCGAGAACUUGUACUCGUUCGGCUUCAGCGACUUCCCCGUCUCCGAGUUCGACCUCAUCAAGGCCGGCAUUCGCAUAUUCUUUGAACUCGGGGUGGUGGAGAAGUUCAAAGUCCCCGCCGAGACCCUGACCCGCUGGAUGUACACGGUGCGGAAGGGCUACCGCGCCAUCACCUACCACAACUGGCGGCACGGCUUCAACGUGGGCCACACCAUGUUCUGCCUGCUCCAGACAGGGAAGCUGAGGAGGUACUACUCGGACCUGGAUGCCUUCGCCAUGGUAGCUGCCGCUUUCUGCCACGAUAUCGACCACAGAGGCACAAACAAUCUCUACCAGACCAAGAGCGCAUCUCCUCUGGCCAGACUUCACGGCUCAUCCAUCAUGGAGAGGCACCACUUAGAGUACAGCAAGACCCUCAUGGGCGAGGAGAGUUUGAACAUCUUCUGCAAUCUUCAGAAGCGCCAGUUUGAGACGGUGCAGCACUUGUUUGACGUCUGCAUCAUCGCGACCGAUUUGGCGCUUUACUUCAAGAAGAGAACCAUGUUCCAAAAUAUCGUCAACGCCACCGAGCCAAUGGCGGAUGAAAAGGAAGCCACGGCCUUUAUAUCCAACAACCCCACCAGGAAGGAGAUUGUCAUGGCCAUGAUGAUGACAGGCUGUGAUUUGUCAGCCAUCACCAAACCGUGGGAGGUGCAGAGCAAGGUGGCACUGAUGGUCGCUGCGGAAUUCUGGGAACAGGGAGAUUUGGAGAGGACGGUUUUGGACCAGCAACCUAUCCCCAUGAUGGACAGGAACUGCGCCGAGCAGCUCCCCAAGAUGCAGUGCGGUUUCAUUGACUUUGUGUGCUCGUUUGUGUACAAGGAGUUUUCCCGCUUCCACAAGGAGAUCACGCCCAUGUUUGACGGGCUCAACAACAACCGCGCCCACUGGAACGAGCAGGCCGAGGUGUACAACGCCAAGAUGAAGGCCAUCGAGGAUGAGAAGAAGAGACUAGAGGAUGAGGAAGCCCGGAAAGCUGGUGGUGGCGGUGAUGCGAAGUCAAAAACGUGCACAAUCUGCUAAAUUCCUCGUCACAACAUUCAGAUACGGACUACAGCUGGACUGGUUCAGCCUUCUGAUUGGAUCUAUACAAAUAGUUUUUCCUGUUCUGGUCUAGACCACUUUUUUAUAGUCUCACCUAAUUCCACCUGGAUUAGCAUCCCAAGGAGGCAAGAAUCUAAAAAACAUGAUGAACAAUGGGAGGACUUUAAGGACAAGUGGGACCAUGGAGUCAUUUUUCUCAGGGGACACUGCUUUUACUUAUUCGGACGCCAUCCAUGGACAUGAUCCUGCUAGCCAAUUAGCUGGUAGUUGCUAGUUGGGGUGGGGCGCGGAGAAAAAAAAAGAAUCUGACUUUCCACAACAUGUCACCCUUUAUCUGUGAUGAUGUGAUAUGAAUUCAAAUGGCAAAAAAAUGUCCCGUAUGCUUGACUACAUAGUGGAGGACAUAGUACUCCAAAAAGAAGAAAGUCUAGAAAUAACCCAGGCAUGAAAUGGAUUUGAGAGAUGUAAAAAGCACUUUUUUUUUUUCUGCAUUUACUGUGUAAGAAAAAAAAGAUAGUGGGAAUCCCAUAGGAGGUCUGAUUGCAUGACUAGCCAAGCCUUAUCAAUAUGUUGUGUUGAUAAUGUGACACGUGUCGUGUUAUUGAUCAGGUCCAAGUCCGAUUUCGCUUGCGCAACCUCUGCCUGGAUGUCGGAACUGUGUCGCUCUGCACUUUCCCUAAAUCCUCCUCUUCCUCUUCUUACACAAUGUUUUCACUUCUAUUCAAUGAGGUGUUAAUCAAAGGUCCCUAAUCCAAUCAAGGAGAUUCACAACUCCCUGGAACUCCCCCUCCCUCCCUCCCUCCCUUCCACCACAGAGGCAUCCUCCCAAAAUGACCUCACCACCCUCAUGUCCUCAUCCUAUUAGGAAUCUUUCCAUAUGAAAGGACCUCUCACUGUAUGUAUGUAUACUUGUCAAGAGAAAUAAAACAGCUGCAUGCAGUUGUAGGUGUCGCUUCAUCGCACGCAUUGAGGUAGCCCCCCCCGAGUCCACCCAAGUCCACCCAUCGUGGCUUAGCAGAAAGAAACAAACGCUCUUUCUUAGGUCGCAUCUCGCGCAGGGAUCUUAGAGGCUCCAAAGCUGGAUGAGCCUGGCAGGAAAGAGGAUCAGCGGAUUGCUUCUGAUCCCUCGCCCGAUUCGACAUUGUCUGGCCGUGUUCGACAUCCCGUAAAGCAACUGUCGUUGUUCGAAGAUAUGGUGAAAGGAGAAAAAAUUCAAGCGGAGGAAAUGCUCCCAUUCAGAAAAUCUGAAUAAUGUGCAGUGCUGUGUAAAAGCUCAAAGGGCACCGCUGUCUGAAAAGUCAACAUGUUUUAAAAAGUUAAUGAGAAGAGUACAGAUAGUGAUGAGACGGAAAACGUAGAUGAGUUUAUUUCUCAAAACCACAAACGUCCUUGAAUCUCAGCAGAGGCAGGCGUUUAGAGGAACAAGUCUUCAAAGUAGUCAUCAAACUCUUCCUCCCUGAGAAGACAAAAUGCAUCCAAAUGUGUCAUGUUAUAUAUGACAAAAGAGCAGUGAGUCAAGAGAAGGUCAAGAAGGUAUUUAAAGGUGGUCGCCCAUGCAUACGUUAUGUAGGCUACACCUUUGUGUCAUUGCAUCACGCUGGUUUAGCAGGGGUCGUUUUAACGUCAACGCUAAUCCCUCACCUGGACUUUUCCUCCACUGCCGGGGCGGGUCCUCGCCAGUGGUCCGACUCGGACUGACACUCUGGCCCGUCCUCUGCUUCAGAAUCUGCAAUUGGAAUUGAGAGGAUGAUUUGUGCAAAAUGCUUGCCACCCCAAAACACAAUCUUGGGGAAACAGGAGUAUUAUAUGUAAACAUAAGGGGAGCGAGACAGCUGAGGAGAAAGCAGUCAUGCCUGCGGGCUAAUGGCUUCUGCUUUCCAGAAAGGGUUGUUUGCAGGCUGUUUUCAUUUUGGGCUAGUUUGCCCGAAGGCCCGCGAGUGAGGCGUAUCACAUUGUCUGUCAAAGAUGACAAAUGCCGGCCCGUAUGCGCUCGGCAGUGUGUUUACCUUUGCCCCGCGACUCCUCCGUGCUGCUGGGGGAGGUGGAUGGAUCUGCGAGGAGACAAGAGAGUACGUCUCAAUCAGCGGGGAGUCGCUUGGGUGAUAAAAUGGAGUGUGCAAAAUUUUAGGGCUGGGUUGUUACCCCUCUGCUUGCGGUGUUUGUGCUUCUUUGUCUUUUUCUUCUUCCGAGACGGCUCCUGGUUCUCCUCUUGUACCUUCCUCGCCAUCUUUUGGGCUUUAACCUCCUUGCGUCUACAAAGGGGAAAAAAAAAAAACUCAGGUGACUGAAAAUGUAACUUGUAGAAUA